UGUCACUUAUGUCGUGCAGAGAAGGAGACACUCGUCUCACAGAACACAGUGCUCCCGUGUCUGGGUAUUAAAAAAUCUAUCGUUAAGUUACGAUGGGGAAAUAUUCUUUUAAUGGUGUAUUAUUGAAGCGGGCGACAACUGUCUGUUCCGUUGCCUCCGUUUAUUUGGCAUUAUCGGGAUUAGCGUUAAUCUGGCGUUACCUGAACUUGGAACCUGGGGAUGAGUCAUCAUUCCUACAUCCGGGCAUUAGGAGGGAUUCCAGAGACUUGGAACUUGGUGAAGAGGAAGCCCUCAACUGUACACCUAGGUCCGUGGACAACUUCUUCGGCAACUUCAUGACGCUAGAAGACACCCAAGGCGGCGGCGUGUUUGUCCACAUCCUCAUUGCCUGCUACCUCAUCGGCGCCAUGGCUCUCAUCUGUGACGACUACUUUGUUGUCUCUCUGGAGAGAAUAUGUGAAGAUUUACAGAUUGAGUCUGACGUUGCCGGGGCAACCUUCAUGGCGGCAGGAAGUUCUGCUGCGGAAUUCUUCACGUCUAUCAUAGGUGUGUUCAUCGCCAAGAGUGACGUUGGCAUCGGCACCAUCGUUGGUUCAGCCGUCUUCAACCUCCUGUUUAUAAUCGGCAUCUGUGGAAUAUUCGCUGGCGUGGUGGUGCAGCUAACGUGGUGGCCGGUCUUCAGAGACACUGUAUUCUACCUGUUCUCUGUGCUGGCUUUGGUCCUCGUCAUCAAAGAUGGCGUCGUGGAAUGGUUCGAGGCCAUGUCUAUGUUAAUGAUGUGCAUCAUCUACUUCGUUAUUCUGGCUUUUAACCGGAAGCUUGAACAUUUGGCACAAAUGGCGGUUAACAGCUUCCGGUCAUGCGUGAAGGGGUCAGCUGAUCUGGAGGAUAACGAGGUUAAGACGCCCUUGCUUCAGGGAAAACGGAAAAGUAUUUCAAGCGAGGUUGUUGAAGUGGAAACAAGUUUUUCCGAAGUUGAAAGUCAUUCCACACAGUCGGAGGUUAUCAGCGAAUCCGGUGAAAUCAGCCCCUCAUCUUCUGACAAGUCCUUACCCCAUCACCAUUCUCCUUGGAUUGUCCCGGAAUCGUUCUUCCUGAGAAUAUUCUGGGUUGCCAUGGUUCCCGUGAAAAUGUUGUUGUACGUGACGGUGCCGGACUGCCGACGACGGACGAAAUGGAGAAAGUUGUAUCUCGUCACCUUUAGCAUGUCUGUCCUCUGGAUCGCAGUCUUCUCCUAUGUGUUGGUCUGGAUGGUCACAAUUGCAGGUGACGCGCUAGAGAUCCCGGACACAGUGAUGGGGCUGACGCUCCUGUCUGCAGGUACCAGUGUCCCGGACUGUCUGGCUAGCCUGUAUGUGGCCAGGGACGGCCUCGGCGACAUGGCUGUCUCGAAUUCCAUCGCAAGCAACGUCUUCAACAUUCUUAUGUGCCUGGGGUUACCAUGGUUACUGGAGACCGCCGCAGUCAACGUAGGCGAGACCGUCGCCAUCAGCAGCGGGGCCCUGCUGUACGACUCCCUCAUACUGCUGGUGACGGUGGCCCUGCUCAUUGCCGCUCUCUUCGUCAACCGAUGGAAGCUGAAUGUGAAACUCGGAAUGUUCUGCAUAUUCACCUAUGUAAUUGUCAUAGGAGUGUCGUGUCUCUUCGAGCUGAACAUAUUCGGCAAUCUGAACCUUCCAGCUUGUCCAAGAUAAUCUCGACAGGGUGGAACCAUUGUCGUGUAAUCGACAGGUUCCUUCCAGACAGUUUCACGGCCUACGAGCACAUAGCGAUCUUAGCUCAAAGACGAUUGGACCUCCCUUUCUUUAACCUAGAAUUAAGGUGGUCAAAGCACUAAGAUCGGUUUGUACAACCGGGCCCACAUUUGUAGAACGAGGGAUAUACGGUCAAACAUGAUUGUUCUCUCAGAGUACAUACACAAUCGAGUUAACCGAAGUUAUGGAAGUCUCAUUGUAUAUGUGCAUUAGCUCUCUGAUAAAUCUGAAACUCGACCAUA